AUGGCAGACAGCAGAGACAAAGCAACGGAUCAAAUGAAGACAUGGAAGCAAAAUAGAAACACUCAGAAGCCAGAUCAACUGACCACAGGAGCCGGCCAUCCCAUCGGGGACAAGCUAAACCUGCAGACAGCUGGGCCGAGGGGGCCCCUCCUGGUCCAGGAUGUGGUCUUCACCGACGAGAUGGCGCACUUCGACCGCGAGCGCAUCCCUGAACGAGUGGUGCACGCCAAAGGGGCGGGGGCGUUUGGCUACUUCGAGGUGACACACGACAUCCGCCGUUACUGCAAGGCCAAGGUUUUUGAGCACGUCGGCAAAGUGACGCCCGUUGCUGUCCGCUUCUCUACUGUAGCGGGAGAAUCCGGAUCAGCGGACACAGUGAGGGACCCUCGAGGCUUCGCCGUCAAGUUUUACACGGACGAGGGCAACUGGGAUCUGACGGGCAAUAACACACCCAUUUUUUUCAUCAGGGACUCCAUGCUGUUCCCGUCCUUCAUACACUCACAGAAGCGCAAUCCUCAAACGCACAUGAAGGACCCGGACAUGGUGUGGGACUUCUGGAGCCUAAGGCCCGAAAGUCUGCAUCAGGUGUCCUUCCUGUUCAGCGAUCGAGGUUUGCCAGACGGGUACCGCCACAUGAAUGGCUAUGGCUCGCACACCUUUAAGCUGAUCAAUGCCGACGGAGAGCCCGUGUACUGCAAAUUCCAUUUCAAGACUGAUCAGGGAAUCAAGAAUAUGCCCGUAGAGGAAGCGGAACGCCUGGCUUCCUCCAACCCAGACUAUGCCAUCGGUGACUUGUUCAACGCCAUCGCCAAUGGCAAUUUCCCAUCCUGGACUUUCUACAUUCAAGUCAUGACCUUUGAGGAAGCUGAGAAGUUCCGGUUCAACCCAUUUGACCUCACCAAGGUUUGGUCCCAUAAAGAAUUCCCGCUGAUCCCUGUGGGCAAAAUGGUCCUGAACAGGAACCCGCUCAACUACUUUGCCGAGGUGGAGCAGCUGGCAUUCGACCCCAGCAACAUGCCGCCAGGCAUUGAGGCCAGUCCUGACAAGAUGCUGCAGGGUCGCCUCUUUUCCUACCCAGAUACACACCGGCACCGGCUGGGUGCCAACUACCUGCAGAUCCCUGUCAACUGCCCCUUCCGGACCCGUGUGGCCAACUACCAACGAGACGGCCCAAUGUGCAUGUUCGACAACCAAGGUGGUGCCCCAAACUACUUUCCUAACAGCUUCAGCGCACCGGAGACUCAGCCUCAGUUUGUGGAAUCACGGUUUAAGGUGUCCACCGAUGUGGCACGUUACAACAGCGAAGAUGAAGAUAACGUCACCCAGGUCCGUGACUUCUACACUCAGGUGCUCAAUGACGAUGAGCGUCAGAGGCUCUGUCAGAACAUGGCGGGCGCCCUGAAGGGGGCGCAGCUCUUCAUCCAGAAGCGAAUGGUAGAAAACCUGAAAGCUGUCUAUCCCGACUACGCAGACAGGGUUCAGAACCUUCUCAACAAGUAUAAUGCGCAGGCCCCGAAGGUAAAACCAACUAUUCACGUCUACAGCCGUCCAGGCGCGUCGGCCGUCGCCGCUGCAUCCAAGAUGUAA